AUGUUCAGAUCACUUUUGCAAACCAGAAGAAUUCCAAGUGUGAGACUGCCGCUUUUGGCUCGUUAUAUCUCCACUGAGAUCAAGGAUGCCAUCGACAAGGCUGUCCAAAGCUCUCCAGUUGUGUUGUUCAUGAAGGGUACUCCUGAAUUCCCACAGUGUGGCUUCUCUAGAGCCACCAUCCAAAUCUUGGGCCAACAAGGUGUGGAUCCUAACAAGUUCGCCGCCUACAAUGUGUUAGAAGACCAAGAGUUAAGAGACGGUAUCAAGGAGUACAGUCAGUGGCCUACUAUUCCACAGCUUUAUGUUAACAAGGAUUUUGUGGGUGGAUGUGACAUUGUCAUGUCCAUGGCUCAAAGUGGAGAGUUGGCCGAGUUGUUAGAGGCCAACGACUGUUUGGUGCCAGAGGAGGAAGAGGCUCCUAGCUCAGCUGACGUCAAGCCCGUCAAAAGAUCUUAA